GUUUUCUCCUCGGCACGGGGCCUCUUCUCCAAUAGCAGCAAGCCAAGAACUUGGACAGAAGUAACAGCCAAGGGAAAGAAUCUGCGGCCUCCACCCAAUCCAGUGCGCUCGCUUCCACACCAGUCCAACCCCGUCCCAGGCUUCGCGGCAGCAGCAGCAGCCACACGACCCCCGCGACCUCCCGUCCCCUCCCCGCGCGCGCGCAGGUUAUCGAGCUCUCGCUAUGGAUGUGCCUGUGGAUCCAGUCAUGGCCUAUAAGUACAAGGCAGAGCUGCUUGUCAAGGACUACCUGCUAGCCGAUUCGUAUGUUCCGUACGCUGCUGUGCUUGUGGGAAUACUCAUGUGCAAGUUGGCCUAUGAUUUCACGCGCUUUAUCAGUUCAUUUCACUACAAAGGUUAUGCUUCUCUGACGAAAAUGCAAAAAGUUGAAUGGAACAACAGGGGCAUGUCCACUGUCCAUGCGAUAUUCAUUACAGUUAUGUCAGUAUACCUUGUCUUCUUCUCGGGUUUAUUCUCUGAUAACCUGGAUGGACCAGUAACAUCUAGAAGUUCAAGCCUCUCCAGCUUUACAUUAGGGGUCUCUAUUGGUUACUUCAUCACAGACAUUGCCAUGAUAUAUUGGUUUUACCCUUCCCUCGGUGGAAUGGAAUAUGUUGUCCACCACAUGCUGUCACUUAUGUCUACAGUGUACGCUAUGCUUUCUGGGGAAGCACAUGUAUACAUAUACAUGGGUCUCAUCACUGAGACUACCACACCAGGAAUCAACCUAAGAUGGUUCCUUGAUGCUGCUGGAAUGAAAAACUCCAAAGCUUACCUUGUGAACGGAGCUGCAAUGGUUGUUACUUGGCUGGUUGCGAGGAUAAUUCUGUUCAUGUACUUGUUUUAUCACAUGUUUGUGCACUAUGAUCAGAUUAAGCAGAUGGACACCUUUGGUUAUUUUCUGGUACUUAUUGCGCCCAGCAUAAUAUUUGUGAUGAAUCUGCUUUGGUUUUCUAAGAUCUUAAGAGGCCUCAAGAAGACAAUGGCCAAGAGGCAUUGAGUAAUGAAGUGUGUAUUCAUGACUUGAUGCACCCCACCGUCCUCUCAUAUGUACAUGUACCUACAUCUACUAUAGCUUCUGAGUAGUAGUCACUACCGCAGCUCAUACUGGCAAUUUCAGAUUGGCUGUUAUAUUCCAGCUUAAUGUGCACGAUUUGUAUAUAUAUUUAGUUUGGGUUGUGUCCACUUAUUGCCCGCUCAAACAUUUAGCUUGUAUAUAUUCACUUGUGUCA